GUUUACGAAGAAGCGAACUAAAGGAAGUGAAAAAUAAAAGCGUAUUAAUAUUUCGGGACGAAAAAAUGCUGUAGGCGCAUUGUAAAAUGCAUAAAGUGCACAUAAAUCGCGUAUGUGAGGUGCUACAACGCAAAUAUAACCGAAAACUAACGCAAAACUUUAAAGUGCAAUAACAAUACUCGACGAAUCGAAUAAAUACCAAAGUGCAAUUGGCCUGUUGAGACUAGAAAACAACAACAAAAUCCGAAUAAACGAAUAACCUUGUGCUGUGCCAGUUGUUUUGUGAUUCGAAAUUAAAGGAAUAUUACUAGACGGCUAAAAAAGAGGCCAUUCCAAUAAGUGUAAAGUUCAAUAAUUACCAAUUUUCAAGGAAAACAAAAAGUGUGUGUUAGUGAGUGCCUGUGUGUCCGAAAGUGUGUUCCACCAAUACAACCAUACACGACCCAUACACGCGCAUAACUAGUUUUCAUAAAAAAAAUAACGAAAAAGUAAUAGCGAUAAUAUAAUACACAAUAACACACAACAACAACAGCAACGAAGAGUCUCAAAAAGUGCUGGAAAACUCCCCGAUAAGAAAAACAAAAAAACAAAAAAGAAAAAAAACAAGUGAAAAACAACAACAAACAACAGGAACCUCCACAUCGACAGAUCUUGAAUGUUUCUAUGCUGAUUUUGGAUCUCUAACGAGAAAAUGGUUUCCCUAAUUGAUACAAUAGACGCAGCAGCAGAGGCUCAAAAGCAAAAGCAGUCGGCAAUUGCUGCAUCCACCUCCUCACCCUCCUCAUCGACCACCCCCUCGCCAUCUUCCUCUGGAUCCGGAUCACCCGUCCUGGUCAAAUCGAACCUCACGGCCAGCGGAAAGCCCAAGGAGAAACGCAGGAACAAUGAGAAGCGCAAGGAAAAGUCACGGGAUGCCGCUAGGUGUCGUCGGUCCAAGGAGACGGAGAUCUUUAUGGAACUCUCCCAGGCCCUGCCCCUGAAAACCGACGAUGUCAAUCAACUGGACAAGGCCUCCGUGAUGAGGAUCACCAUAGCGGUGCUCAAGAUUCGCGAAAUGUUGCAGUUUGUGCCCAGCUUGCGGGACUGCAAUGAGACCAUCAAGCAGGACAUAGAUGCCUCGGAGGACCAGAAGGAGAUCAAGCCCAAGUUGGAAAUCGGCAACGAGGAUUGGCUAAACGGAGCCGAAGCCAGUCAGUUGCUGAAGCAGACCAUGGACGGAUUCCUGCUGGUGCUAUCCAGCGAGGGUGACAUCACCUAUGUGUCCGAGAACGUGGUCGAGUAUCUUGGCAUUUCCAAGAUUGACACGCUGGGUCAACAGAUCUGGGAGUACUCCCACCAGUGCGACCAUGCCGAGAUCAAGGAGGCCCUCAGCCUGAAGCGCGACAUUGCCGACAAGGUCACAAAGGGUGAACAGCGGCAGGAGGCCGGGGUCAGCACCCAUCACCGGGAUCUGUUUGUGCGACUAAAGUGCACCCUGACGAAUCGAGGCCGGAGCAUCAACAUCAAGAGUGCCUCCUACAAGGUUAUACACAUCACUGGACACUUGGUGGUCAAUGCCAGGGACGAGCGAGUGCUGAUUGCGAUUGGCAGACCCAUUCCGCAUCCAUCAAACAUUGAGAUUCCCCUGGGAACUAGUACUUUCCUUACCAAGCACUCCUUGGACAUGCGAUUCACCUACGUGGAUGACAAGAUGCAUGGCUUAUUGGGAUAUUCUCCAAGCGACUUGCUAGAUACGUCUUUAUUUGUCUGCCAGCAUGGAGGCGACUCCGAGAGACUCAUGGCCACCUUCAAGAGCGUGCUGAGCAAGGGACAAGGCGAGACCUGUCGCUACCGAUUUCUGGGAAAGUAUGGCGGCUAUUGCUGGAUCGUUAGCCAGGCCACGAUCGUCUACGAUAAGCUGAAGCCACAGAGCGUCGUUUGCGUCAACUACGUCAUAAGUAAUCUUGAGAAUAAACAUGAGAUUUACUCACUCGCUCAACAAACGGCGGCAAGUGAGAAAAACCAACACCAAUCAGGAACUGAAAUCGAGGAGAUCAACCAUCCAGAGGAGCCUAAACCAGUCGAGGAGCUCAAAAUCAAGGAAUCCCCAGACACAACUGCUCCAAUAGAGAUCGAGGAGAAGCCAGAGAUCAUUGAGAGCAAGGAUAUCACCAACGAGAAACCAAAAACUAUAGAACUCGUUGAAGCUAAAGUUGCAACUGCAACCAGCCCACCAACACCAACACCACCACCACCUCCACCACAACCUGAGGAGGCAACCACUGCUCUGUCCACUGCUCAGCUGCGUCACCUCCUGCAAAACUAUUCGCCAGGACCGCGCACCAUAACCGCCCAGCUGCUCAGCGGGAAUACCAACCACAACACCAGGGAAGAGAAACGUCCCAAGUCGGUGACCGCUUCGGUCUUCCGGCCCAGUCCCGCACCACCUUUGACCCCACCGCCGCAGCCCAUACAGGCUUGCGCCACCUUUAAGAAAUCCCCCAUCGUCGUGGAGCCAACGCUUCCGCCCACCACCACAGCCACGGCGGCGAUACUGUCAUCCAGUAAUCAGCAACUGCUGCCACAGACUCCAAACCAAUUGCAGAAUCAUCCCACCCAGCAGCCAUCACAAGAUAUGAGUAAAGGAUUCUGUUCAUUUUUGACCGAGGAUGUCCGAGGUCUGGCAACUCUCAAGGAGGAACCCGACGAUCUGAGCCAUCAUUUGGGCUCCACCGCCUGCAUUCAGCUGGACGAUAUGCCUCAGCUGAGCGACAUGUUCUUGGGCCUGAUCGGCAACUGCCUGAUGCCCGACGACAUGAACUCUUUGGACUCGACCACCUGCUCCACGGCCACCAGUGCCCAGCACUACCAGAGUCCCAACAGCAGCAGCAGCAGCAACUCGGUCACCAGCAACUCCAGCACCAGCAAUAGCUAUGCCAACAGUCCGCUCAGCCCGCUCACACCCAGUCCGCUCACGCCAGCGCCGGUGGCAGUGGCCAGUGGCAGCAAUACCAGCCAUCAGCAGCAGACGCCACAGCAACAGCAUGGCCAGCAGGUGCAGCAGCAGCAGCAGCAACAUCACCCCCAGCAUCACGACAACAGCAAUAGCAGUAGCAACAUCGAUCCGUUGUUCAACUACAGGGAGGAAUCGAACGACACCAGCUGCUCCCAGCACCUGCACUCGCCCAGCAUCACCUCCAAGAGUCCUGAGGGCAGUAGUCUACCAUCACUGUGCAGCCCCAACUCGCUGACCCAGGAGGACGAGUUCUCGUUUGCGGACUUUGAGAUGCGUGCUCCCUACAUCCCCCUGGGCGAUGACAUGCCUCUGCUCACGGAAACGGACCUGAUGUGGUGUCCGCCAGAGGACCUACAGACCAUGGUGCCCAAGGAGAUCGAUGCCAUGCACCAGCAGUUGCAACAGUUGCAGCAACAGCAGCAGCAGCACAACCAGCAGUACGCCGGCUACCAGCAGCAGUCGGGCGUCCACCAGCAGCAGCAUUUCUCCAACUCCCUGUGUUCGUCCCCGGCCUCGACGGUCUCGUCCUUGUCGCCGUCGCCAGUCCAGCAGCAGCAGCAGCAGGCCACUGCCUUCGCCAGCGACUCGAGCGAACUGGCAGCUCUGCUGUGCGGAUCCGGAAAUGGAACUCUUUCGAUACUUGGCGGUAGUGGAGUGUCGGUGGCGGAGGAAUGCAAUGAGCGUCUCCAGCAGCAGCAACAGCAGCAGCAGAGUGGUGGAGAUUUCCGCAGCUUCCAGCAACUGCAGCAGGAGUUGCAGUUGCAGGAGGAGCACCAGCAGCAGCAGCAACGUCAGCAGCAGCACCAGCAGCAGCAGCAGCAGUUGCUGAGCCUCAGCAUUGAGUGCAAGAAGGAGAAGUACGAGGUUCCGAUGGCACCCAGCUUGUGUCAUUCCAUGGAGGAUGCAUUUGAGAAUGACUACAGCAAGGAUUCUACCAACCUGGACUGCUGGGAUCUGUUGCAGAUGAACGUGGCUGAGGCUCCAGUGAGUCCUGCCGCCUCACCUGCCCCCUGCAAGGUGACCACCAUCCAGUUGCUGCAACAGCAGCACCAGCAGUUGCAACAGCAACACCAGCAGCAGAAUAUCAUUCUGAACGCCGUGCCAUUGAUCACCAUCCAAAACAGCAAGGGAUUAUUGCAGCAACAGCAGCAACAGGAGCAGCUGCAGCAGCCGGCUCUGAAGAUUCUGAAUGGAGCCAGCAUUGCGCCAGUGACCACCAAGGCCACCAUCCGGCUGGUGGAAAGCAAACCCACGACGCAGCCUCGACUGGCCAAGGUUAAUGUGAUUCCCCAGCAGCAGCAUGGAAACAAGCGGCAUCUGAAUAGCGCGACAGCUGGCGGUAAUCCGGUGGAGUCGAAGAGAUUGAAGAGCGGAACCAUCUGCCUGGACGUGCAGUCGCCCCAGCUCCUGCAGCAGCUGAUCGGCAAGGAUCCCGCCCAGCUGCAGGCGCAGGCUGGCAAGCGGCAGGGCAACGAUCGCUGGCAGCAGGCGACGGAGUCCAAGCAGCAGAAGCAGCAACAACAACAGCAGCAACAGCAAUCCAACUCGGUGCUGAAGAACCUGCUGGUCAGUGGACGCGAUGACUGUGAAACCGAACCAAUGAUGAUAGAUGACAACUCCCUGGACCAGUCCCCCAAUUUGGGAAAAUAUGGCAUUCCUCUGCACUGCCACACUUCCACAUCUGCGGUGCUCAGGAAUUACAACAAUAAUCCACUAAUCAGCGGCACAAACUUCCAACUGUCACCAGUUUUCGGAGGCUCCGAUGCCGGAGGUGAAGGCGGUGACAACGAUGCAGGAUCUGUGGUGUCCUUGGACGAUUCGGUGCCGCCGGGCUUAACGGCCUGCGACACAGAUGCCUCCAGCGACAGCGGCAUCGAUGAGAACAGCCUGGUGGAUGGGGCAUCGGGGUCGUCGCCUCGCAAGAGGAUUCCUGGAAACACCAGUGCCAGUGAGUUGGGUGAACCCACCGCACCACCGCCCCUCGAACAGCAGCAGGAGGAGGAGCUAGAAGGAGCCGGCAGUAACAAUGCCCCGAGCAGGAAGACAUCGAUAUCGUUCCUGGACAGCAGCAAUCCUCUGCUCCACACACCGGCAAUGAUGGACCUGUGCAACGACGACUACAUCAUGGGCGAGGGCGGCUUCGAGUUCACCGAUAACCAGUUGGAGCAAGUCCUGGGCUGGCCAGGGAUUGCCUAGAGAAUCGUUACAGCUUAGCAUGCAUUUUCACAAAGGACCUUUUAUUUUCGUUUAGUUUGAGAGGAGGAAAACAUUGAAAUUAGACGGUGAAUCGAAGAUAAAGCUAACCAAAAGAUUGACUUUGAGCCUUGCAAGAAAGUAGGACUACCCCCCGCACAACGAAACCUGACAAGACCAUCCCCCAACACCCUCAAAGGACACCCAAGCUAACCUAUGACCCGAAACAGAAAAAAAGGAAAAAAAUAAACAGGAAGGGUUAAACACAUUGGAAUAGUUUUGUAGCCACGUUAACUGCCUAGAACAGAAGAAUAUACAUGUAUGUAAUUUAGUCUUAAAGUUUUUUCUCCAUGCAGACCAUUUACCCAAAAAAUAUGGAAAAAAAACAAGAAAAAAGCGGGUUAUCAAUGCUAAAUGGAAAAACAGAGAAAAAAAUAUCUUUUACAAAACAAAUUUUAAAAAAAAUGUUCAUAGUUUUUGCUGGAAGGCUCAAACAAGUUUUUGGUGAUGGUUGUAUUCUUUUUAUAACUUUCAAGCGCAAAAGCUGUGACGACAAAAAAAAAGUUUUUGAUCAUGUUUUAC